AUGGAAGCCGGGGAAGCAUAUCUUGAUGCAGACUCCUACUCCCCAGUGGCACGUCAAACAAUGUCACGCCAGCACCGUUUCCAUACAGGCUCAAUAUCCGGUCGAACGCGUCUAGGCACUCCACACUCCCCGGCCUUCUCCUCUAUCCCAACAUUUCAAACACCUACAAAAAUGUCCUCCGCAUCCGGUUGUCUCACCUCGCGUGGCCUACGCAACCGCACCCGCGCUUCGAACGCGCUCUGCCAGCGCCGACUCGCGUUGAAAGACUUUCUGGAAGAUAAGAUAUCCGAGAAAACAAGCAAAUUCAAAAGGAUAACAACAAUGAUGCGGUUGAAACAUCUCCCAGUGACAAUUACCGUACGGGGGCUUUAA